AUGGAGACCGAAGCUCCGAGGAACAGCGCGCCGAUGUCCGGCGCCGGUCAAGGUUCUGUAGUCAGCUCCUGGAGUUGCUUCAACUGCCGAAGGCGCAAAGCGCGCUGCAACAGACAGAGCCCAUGCGCAUUCUGCUCCAAAGCCGGCGUGGAGUGCUCGUAUCCCUUCACUGGACGCAUGCCCACUCGGCAGCAUAACCCUGCGGCUGCGUCUGUCGUUCCAGUUCAAGCCCGGCCGUCGCGGAAGCGUUCCGAACUCCAGGUCCAAGAGCUGCUGGAUCGUCUGAGGCAGCUGGAGAAUGUGGUGGACGAGAUGAAGGCUCAAGAAAAAAACGGGACGUCUCGCCAUAUAGAGUCGGGGGAUGCAAUUGCCGAGGAAGGCGAAUCAAUCCCGAGAGCUGGGGCAGACUCAGCUGCCAGCGGUUCAAAUACGACAGAUUCAUGCUCUGACCUUUCCCAUAAGUUGAGCAAGUCCUUUGGUAGCCUUCACGUUUGUGGUGGCGGCACCUUAUAUACGAGCAACGGCUUUUGUGCUGCUCUUCAUGACGAGCUCAGAAGCGUCCGCCAUGCAUUCGAAGCCAGCGACGUCGACGACCUCAAUGGCCUGGAAUGCAACCCCUCCGUGCAUGACGACCGGCCCGAUUCCAUACCUUUCCCCUUUGCCCAAAACUGCUCCCCUGACUCCAUCUUGCAUCCGGCCCCAAGUCUCAUACCUUUUCUCUGGAAAACGUACGUUGAGAAUGUUGACCCAUUCAUCAAGAUUCUUCACGUGCCUAGUAUGGAUAAUGUCAUUCAACAAACCAAAGAUAAUCUUGACGAGCUGUCGCCGGGGAUGCGAGCUCUAUUAUUUUCCAUCUCUCUGGCCGCUGUCGUAUCAAUGAGCGAUGCCGAUGUGGAAAAGGAAUUCGGCAACGCCAAGGAAGAUGUUUUGGCACACUUUGUGAUGGGCACGGAGACAGCGCUGUCAGAAGCCGGCAUCCUGAAGUCAACUGACCUGUGCGUCGCGCAGGCAUCCCUCAUCUAUCUCGAGAGCGCAGGCCAUCGAUACGGGAUGCGGACAGUCUGGAUGAUGUCUGGAAUCUUGGUGAGGGCCGCAAUGUCCGUAGGACUGCACCGUGACGGCGUUGCUUUCCCCAAAAUGUCCUGCUUUCAAGCAGAGAUGAGGCGGAGGCUAUGGUGGCACAUCUACUGUUUCGACGCCCGUGUCAGCCAGUGUUAUGCGCCCGAGAUUAUGAUCACCAACAGCAUGCUGGAUACAAAGGAGCCUACAAACUGUAACGAUGCGGACCUCGAUGUGAACAUGGAAAAGGAUCCAGUGGCUCGUGAAGGUUUUACAGACGUCAGCUUCACACUCAUGGCGUGCGAGCUGAGGCGCUUGUACAGUCAUGUGCUCUCGUUAAUGUCCGCCCUCCUGGACACUGGGGAAAGACAGCAAGCAGCACAACAUAACGCUCUGCACAGAAUAGAGAAAGCUCGACAUUGGGCGAAAACAACAGUCCUCGGAGACUCCGAACGAAGACGGCCUAUACAACCUUUUAUGGACUUCCUGUUCAACAUGCUACUAGAUCAACUGCGCAUCAUCGUGCGGGACACAAACAUAUUCAAGAGAUGGGCAUCGACUGAUGAUACAAACUCCCGAGAGCAGUCCUUUUUCUCCGCACUGGCUCUCCUCGGUGAUCUGCGACAAUGGCGAAACCAGUACUCAACGCGCCACUGGGGAUGGAUUCUGGUGAAUUUUCAAGACUGGCACCCUCUUGGUAUCGCCCUCAUUCAUCUCCAGACACAGAAAUGGGACCCCGCAUGCGAAGAAGCCUGGACUCUUGCAGUACAGACGUUGAAUGCCAUUCCACCGGCGAUGAUGACGCAGAACCCUCUACGGCAGUCUAUUGUCAACCUCGUCACUGCUACUCGUCAACACCGAGAGCGGCAGAUCGAAGAACAACGCUGUCAAGCGGAAGCUCCUUCCAGCAUAUCUAAAACAUCAGAGUGCUCUAUUCCGAUUUCUAGUUUAGCAGACAUAUGGACUAGCUGCGUGAACGAGUAUCCAGCGCCAAUUACUGAAGGACUGGCGGCUCAAAGACCAGCAACGGAGACCGCAGUAACGACAAUUAUCCAUACAGCAACCUCCAACGCAAUCAAGGACAAUACUUUUGAAGAGGUGAUGAAUGCAGAGCAGUUGCGGUCUGACGCCUGCUACCCACCUUGGUGUUUUGAGAUGGCGGGUGGUAUGAAUAGUGAAGAAGAUCAUUUCCAGAGCCUAGACUCACUUCCUGUUGACGCCAAACAAGGUCAGAGCUCCCGGGAAGAGUCUGUUGUCGCCCGCCUUGACUUGAGCAAUGGAGCUCUUUGGAAAGCCGCCUCCUGA